AUGGCUUUAGAAGCUUCUCUUGCUGCUCUUUCCAUUGCACAAGUCACCGCUGAAGGUGCAACUGCCACAAAGGCUCUAGUCUUCAAGCCAAAGACCGCCAAAACUGCAACUCCGGUCCCAGUUGUUGUCUUCGCUUUACAAUCAACAAAUACUCCUUCAAACAUCAUUGCUUCUUCUGCUGGUGUUAAAGAUCCAAGAUUAGCAAAAGAAGACUUGGUUCAAGAAUUCUUUGGUGUUGCUCCAAAAGAAUUUUCCGUUGCAAACAUUACAAAAGAUCACGCUGGUAAGAUCAAAGUUCUUGUUGAUCAGGAAAUUCAAGAAUCUUCAACUUAUGAAUUAGCUACUGAAAGUGCUAAAGCUGCCAUUGAAGGUAAAUCAAUUUUAGGUUACUUACAAUCAACAGGUGUUGAAUUAAUCACUGUUGAUUUCUCAAGUGCUCCAGCUCCAACUCCAGCACCAGCUAAAAAGGAAGCUCCAGUUAAAAACACCGCUGCACAAUUAGAAGAUGCUAAGUUAAUUGGUGUUACUGUUGAUAAAUUUUUAGACUUCCCAGGUUGGUAUCAACAAAUUUUAACCAAAGGUGAAAUGUUGGAAUAUUAUGAUGUUUCAGGUUGUUAUAUCAUGAGACCAGCUUCAUAUGCCGUUUGGGAACAAAUUCAAAACUAUUUCGAUUCUAAAAUCAAAUCAAUCGGUGUUAAAAACGCUUAUUUCCCAAUGUUUGUCUCUUCAAGAGUCUUGGAAAAGGAAAAAGAUCAUAUUGAAGGUUUUGCUCCUGAAGUUGCUUGGGUUACUAAAGCUGGUAGCUCUGAAUUAGAAGAACCAAUUGCCAUUAGACCAACUUCUGAAACUGUUAUGUAUCCAUAUUAUGCUAAAUGGAUCCAAUCUCACAGGGAUUUACCAUUGAAAUUAAAUCAAUGGAAUUCUGUUGUUAGAUGGGAAUUUAAACACCCUCAACCAUUCUUGAGAACAAGAGAAUUCUUGUGGCAAGAAGGUCACACAGCUCAUUUAACUUAUGAAGAAGCUGACUCUGAAGUUUUACAAAUUUUGGAAUGGUAUGCUAGUGUUUAUGAAGAUUUAUUAGCUGUUCCAGUUGUUAAAGGUAAAAAAACUGAAAAGGAAAAAUUCGCUGGUGGUCUUUACACCACAACUGUUGAAGGUUAUAUCCCAGCUACUGGUCGUGGUAUCCAAGGUGGUACUUCCCAUUGUUUGGGUCAAAAUUUCUCUAAAAUGUUCAACAUUAGUGUUGAAAACCCAGAAGGUCCAGAUAAACCAAAAUUAUUUGCAUGGCAAAAUUCUUGGGGUUUAUCAACUCGUGUUAUUGGUGUUAUGGUUAUGAUCCAUUCUGAUAACAAAGGUUUAGUUAUCCCACCAAGAGUUGCUCAAAACCAAGCUGUUGUUAUCCCAGUUGGUGUCACUGCUAAAACUUCCAGAGAACAAGAAAAUGCCAUUUAUGACGGUGCUAAAGAAAUUGAAAAUAGAUUAUUAAAAGCUGGUGUAAGAGCUAUUGGUGAUUACCGUAACAAUUAUUCACCAGGUUGGAAAUUCUCCGAUUGGGAAUUGAAAGGUUUACCAAUCCGUUUGGAAUUUGGUCCAAAAGAUUUGGAAAAGAAACAAGUUACUGUUGUUCGUCGUAACGAUUCAAAGAAAUACACCGUUGCUUUAGAUGAUUUAGAAACUAGAGUCCCAGAGAUCUUAGAUGAAUUACACCAAGACUUAUUCAACAAAGCUAAAGAAGCUUUUGAUACUCAUAAAGUCAUUGUUGAAGAAUGGAAAGAUUUUGUUCCAGCUUUGAACGCUAAAAACGUCAUUUUGGCUCCAUGGUGUGGUGUUCUGGAAUGUGAAGAAGAUAUCAAAGAUUCAUCAGCUAAGAAAGAUGAUGGUGAAGAUGAAGAAGUUGAUGAUAAAGCUCCAAGUAUGGGUGCUAAGACUUUAUGUAUUCCAUUUGAACAACCAACUUUGAAACCAGGUCAAAAAUGUGUUAAAUGUGGUGAAAAAGCUAUCAACUACACCUUGUUCGGUCGUAGUUAUUGA